AUGGUUCUCAGAGAAUUCAAAUCAAAGGCUCUGGAUAGCCUUUGCACUGAUGAACAACUUGAUCUCUUGAACUCUAUCGACACCCUUCGAUCCCAGGGAAUCAGCCAUUAUGUUUCUUUGCCACAAAUUAUUGUGUGUGGUGACCAGUCAUCUGGAAAGAGCUCUGUACUUGAAGCAAUUUCUGGAGUUUCUUUUCCUGUCAAAAGCAACCUCUGUACCAGAUUUCCGACAGAACUUGUGCUCCGCAAAGACCCCAGGGCCGGAGUUAGAGUUUCUAUCGUACCUCAUCAGUCGCGCAGUGAAGCAGAGCAACAGUCAUUAGGGAGUUUUUGUGAAGAGCUUGAUGGAUUCGAUGGGCUUCCUCAACUGAUUGAGAAUGCCAAAGCUGCAAUGGGCAUCUCCACACAUGGAAAGGCAUUCUCAAAUGAUCUUCUGCGGGUUGAGGUGUCAGGGCCCGACAGGCCGCACUUGACUAUCGUCGAUCUUCCGGGACUUAUACACUCUGAGACAAAACAACAAUCUGCGGCUGAUGUGCAGCUGGUCCAGGAUGUGGUCCAGUCAUAUAUGAAAGAGCCGCGAAGCGUCAUUCUAGCAGUGGUCUCCGCGAAGAAUGACUACGCGAACCAGAUUGUGUUACGGCUGGCAAGGGACGCUGACCGGUCGGGCAAUCGAACCUUAGGCGUCAUCACGAAACCCGAUACAUUGACUGCAAACUCGGAAAGCGAAAGAAUGUUCAUAUCUUUGGCAAAUAACCGGGACGUUGAAUUCCGGCUGGGAUGGCAUGCGCUCAAGAAUAUGGAUACCGACCAAGGGACUUGGACAGUUGGGGAACGGGAUCAAAAGGAGCGUGACUUCUUCUCCAAGGGAGCUUGGGGAGGACUGCCAUCCUCCUUGGUUGGGAUCGACUCACUACGAACCCGCCUCAGUCAAUUGCUUCUGCGACAGAUUGCGGCUGAGCUUCCGAGUCUUAUUGAGGAGAUAAAAGCAAAGGAGUACGAGUGCACACAGCAACUGAAAAAGCUUGGCCAGCCGCGAGCUACGUUAGACGAGCAGAAGUGCUAUCUUUUGAAAAUCAGUCAAUCUUUUCAAUCUUUGGUCAAGGCUGCUGUUGAUGGCACUUACAACGACGUGUUCUUCGAAGGUAUCCAAUCGUCUACAGGACGUCAGAAGCGUAUCCGCGCUAUUACCCAGAAUCUGAAUGAAGUGUUUGCGGAGCGGCUCAGUCAGGGGGGCCACUACCGAAAAAUAGCAGAACAUGAGAAUCAACGUGCCACCGAGGGCCAAAUCCUGGUCACGCGAAGUGGCUUUAUUAGCCAUAUUCAGGAACUUAUGAAACAGACGAAAGGGCGGGAACUGCCUGGAACAUUCAACCCUAUGAUCGUCGGUGAACUCUUUCUAGAACAAUGCCGUCCCUGGGAAACUAUGGCACGCCGACAUAUUCUUACGACCUGGCAGGCAGCCGAGAGAUUUUUGUGGCUUUUGAUUAGACAUAUAUCUGACGAAGCAACUUCGGUCGUUCUCUUCGCGGAAGUCAUCUCCCCUGCACUGGAUCAACUUCGAAAAGUCCUGGUCCAGAGAUGCGAAGAAAUCCUUGAACCUCAUCAAAAAGGCCAUCCAAUCACCUAUAAUCACUACUUCACUGACACCCUGCAGAAGAUCCGUGCCGGGAGGAGGCAAGAUGAGAUAAGCAAAAUCAUUCAACAGUUCUUUGAGGUAGAUGAUCUACAGACGUCCCAUUACCUCCAAGGAAAUUACCAUCUACAGGCUCUCCAUGACUCACUUCUCGAGUGCCGUGAGCCUGAUAUGAUGAAAUUAGCUUCGGCUGAGGCUUUAGAUUGCAUGCUCGCAUAUUACAAGGUGGCAUUGAAACGAUUCAUCGACGACAUCGCGGUGGAAGUAGUAGAGGUCAGACUGGUCCAGUCUCUGGCUUCUAUAUUCACGCCCAUCCAGGUAUUCGAAAUGCCGCCUGCAUUGGUAUCGCGCAUCGCCGGUGAGUCUGAGGAAAGCCGUACACUGCGAGAGCAAUUGUACAGAAAGAUACAGAUCCUUAGGAACGGCUUAGGGACCUGUCGACGCUUCGUUGAUAGCCGUGGCAUGGGCACGGAGGAUGUAAAAGCGACACAGAAUUUUGAUGCCAAGCCCCAGGACCGGCCUGACCAUACAUCGUUGCACAUUCAGCUUGCGGACCAUGAAGUUUUGGAUGAUUUUGGGAGCCCUUAUGAAGAAGGUUUUGAGGAUAAAAACGAAGGUGAAUAUGUCUGCGAAACGCCUACUGAACUCGUUUCUGAUCCUCAGUGUGUUGAAUGGAGUGACGGAGAUGACCAGCCUACAGCCGCCUUGUUAGCUACAGAAGAUUGUAUGCCGCCUGAGACUGUUCUGCCCGAAGAACCCCCAGCUAGGAUAAGCUCAUCGAAGAAAAAGGGCAAAAAGGGUUCGAAGCACUAG